AUGCCCUCGCGACUGUGGCUCUGGUGCUUCUGCGCCUGGGUGGCCGCCGGCUGGCCGCCAGGAUGCGCCCUACAGCUCCGGCCGGGCAUGCCAAAUGUUUGUGAAGAACAGCAACUGGCUGUGGUGGGAUUUCCACACCCAUGUGUCUGUGCAUUCACGUGCAUUGUCAAGCUCUGGAAACAAGGCUGUACUGGCUCAAGAUGGUGUGUGAGUUAUGAAAGAAGGACCCGGUACUACACCAUCUACAGACCGGUGUACCACACGGAGCAGCAGAUGGUCUACAGGUGCUGCUGUGGUUGGAGUCGGUGGGACGCUCAGCCAGGCUGCCUGCACUCUAUCUCUGCAGUGGGGACUCUUUUCAACAAAAAGAAAUGCUCCGAUGCAGAAGCCCAGCAGUGCCCGUGCUCAAAGGGAUUUCAUGGACCCCAGUGUCAAUAUAAGAAGAACAAACACCUAAAAAGUGAGUUAACACCUGGUUAUCUUUUUCUUAUAAAAAAUGUCGAUGAAUGUGCGGUGGUGAAUGGAGGCUGCCAGCAGCGCUGUAUUAACACUCUGGACACCUUCCACUGUGAAUGUGAUACGGGAUACAGACUCCAUGCUGACGGACGCACCUGCAUAAAGAUGGACCACUGCUCAGGUGGGAAUGGAUGUGACCACAUAUGUCAGAGUGAGAACGGCGUGGCCACGUGUGCCUGCCACGCAGGGUUCCAGCUGUCUGAAGACAAAAGGACUUGUGAAGAUAUACAUGAAUGUGCUGAAGGGCUUGCUCACUGUGGUCAUCACUGUGUGAACUCGGUGGGAUCUUUCACUUGUGCCUGCCACCCUGGCUUUGAGCUGGGAGCCAAUGGAAAACAGUGUUACAGGAUUGAACUGGAAAUUGUCAAUAGCUGUGAAAAGAACAAUGGUGGUUUUUCCCAUCACUGUGAACAUGGAAUUGGCGGGUCCCAUUGUUCCUGUAACCAUGGACACCAGAUUGAGUCAGAUGGGAAAAUAUGCAUAGACCUUGAUGAAUGUGAGAAUGGAGAAGCCUGCUGUGCCCAGCUCUGCAUCACCUAUUCAGGAAGCUAUGAAUGCGGUUGUCAGGAAGGCUUUCGGAUAAGUUCCGAUGGUUGUGGAUGUGACGCCUUAGAUCCUCAUCAGCUAGAGGAAGGAGGAGAGGGAAUGGAAAUUGUGAGGUUUCUAGGUCUUCUAUUCAAGAGCCCACCUGAGCUGCUUCAUUAUGAUGCUACCCCUCUGCCUCUCACCUAUGAAGAUGAGCAAGCUAAGGAGGAAGAGGAAAAAGAUUUCCAGGGAGAACUGACUGCUUGGCACAAACAUUCCUGUUUAGAUGACACCUUGGGACAUGACUGCAGUUUGAGCUGUGGGGAAUGCACAAAUGGGGGUAGGUGCCAGGAAAGAGAGGGUGGAGGCUCCUGCUAGGCUGGCUGGGGUGGCAUUUUUUGUAAGGAAAGUGACACCCUGAGAACUGGUAUAGACUCUUACCACCCUCCAGGAUGCCCAAAAGGGUUCUUUGGAAAGAACUGCAAGAGGAAAUGUAACUGCAUCAACAGUGGCCAUUGUCACAAAAUGUAUGGAGCCUGUAUGUGUGAGCCAGGGUGCUAUGGGAGGUUUUGUCAUCUCAACUGCCCCAAGGGGGCCUACGGAGCUGGCUGCUCUUCAGAAUGCCAGUGUGUAGAGGAGAACACCCUGGAAUGCAGUGCCAAAAAUGGUAGUUGCACCUGCAAAUCUGGUUACCAAGGCGACAGAUGCCAGAAAGGUACAAUCUGA